GGGAUUGAUUUGCUGCCCAAAUACGGGUGUGGAUGGAAUUGAGAAAAUCCAGCAAAUUCGAUUGUAAAUUUCAGUGUAUCGUGACACGGAGUGGAACGAUUUGUGAAUUUAAAAUAAAUCAAUCGUGUCUUAUAGGAGAAAUCCAUCUUUGGGUAUCUCAUCGUAUACGAGGAUAAAAGGACUGAAUUUCAAAUUCAUCGAAUCCACAACCAAAUUUGGUGAAUUACUGCAUUCCAAUUCAACAUUGCAUUAUGUCUGGAUGUGCUCUGACGGAUGCCCAUUUUGCGUCAAACAUCACAAGAGAUGAUACAUAAAAAAUAUAUUAUAACGAAGACUGAUAAGAAUGCCAAUGAUUGCGUAUUGUCGAAGAAAGAAAAAAAUUCAGAAGCGCGGUGAGGAGCACGAGGUGUCCGCCUAUGGAGUUUAUCGCGACACUGUGUAUGUGUGCACAAAAUUCUAAAUAAAGCCGCGAUCUGUGAAUGUUCUUUAUCAAGGUCAGUUGCGAGCAAAGUGGAGAUUUCGCGCACUCGCCAUAAAAAUUUUUUGGAGCUCAUUGGUAGAAGACAUCCACUCGCCGGUCGGACUCCCACUGUGGACAGUCAUACUUUGCACUGAAUUGCUCGACGGUGCGAUAAGAUUUUUUUUUCGCUCUGUGGCACACCUGGUUGAAUAAAUUGUACUCACAAUCACCUAUCAGUAAGCCCCAAAAGUGUUUUUUUUUUGUUUAUCUUGCGCAAAUCCUAUAAAGGCAGCCCCAGGUGCUGAUUGAGUUUCAUUGAGUGGCAGUGAAAGUGCUCGUGAAGAAUGGCAAUGGGAAAGAAGUUUGAUACCCUCACGGAGAUCAUUCUCAUUGACUACCGUUGGGUAUUUGUUUGUUUCUUCCUCCUACCCAUCUCCUUCUUGUACAAUCUCUUCUACUACAUUCGCAAUGAGAUCAUCUUUCGCCUCAGUAGCGCCCCAACGGCGCAUGGGAUGAAGGUGCGUUCAAUUCAGCGGCAGGUACGCCAAUGGCGCGAAACGGGUAUGGCGACGAAAAUGUGCACCGCCCGCCCCGGAUGGCAAACUAUGAGCUUCCGCAAGCCAAUGUACAAGAAAUCCAUGUACCAGAUCAAGUGCAACCUCGUGGAUAUCCUCGAAGUGGAUACAGAGAAGAGAACUGUCCGUGUGGAACCUUUGGUGAAUAUGAAGCAACUCUCUGAGACUCUUGGGAAGCUUGGAUGGACCAUACCCAUUGUACCUGAGCUCGAUGAUCUAACCGUUGGUGGUUUAGUCAUGGGAACCGGUGUUGAGUCUUCAUCCCACAUUUAUGGGCUCUUCCAGCACAUUUGCCUCUCCUACGAGCUCGUUCUAGCCGAUGGGAGUGUCACCGUGUGCUCCAAGGAUGAGAAUAGUGAUCUCUUCUACGCCAUUCCAUGGAGCUACGGUACCCUAGGUCUCCUAACGGCCGUUGAAAUUAAAAUCAUCCCCUCAACACGAUUCAUCAAGCUAACGUACGAACCAGUCAAGGGUUUGGAUAAAAUCGUAAAGACUUUCGACGAAGAAUCUAAGAACAAAGCAAAUCACUUUGUUGAAGGCUUACAGUACUCACUGGAUGAGGCAGUAAUAAUGACAGGAAUCAUGGUGGAGGAUAGCGAAGUAGAAGCUGGGAAAAUUAAUGAAAUCGGCAAAUGGUACAAGCCGUGGUUUUUUAAGCAUGUUGAGAAAAUCCUCAAACGCGGUAAAACUGUCAUUGAGUACAUUCCAGUUGUUGAUUACUACCAUCGCCACUCUAGAUCACUUUUCUGGGAGCUACAGGACAUUGUACCCUUUGGUAAUAAUAUUUUCUUCCGUUACUUCCUUGGAUGGAUGAUGCCAGUUAAGGUGUCCCUGCUUAAGCUAACGCAAACGGAAGCUGUUAAGAAGCUCUAUGAGAAUAAUCACAUAAUUCAGGAUCUUUUGGUACCAACGAGAACAAUGAAGGAAUGUAUUGAAUUCUUUGAUAAUUCUGUCAAGGUUUACCCACUGUGGUUGUGUCCCUUUAACCUUCCUAAUGAUCCAGGGAUGGUACAUCCAAAAGAACACGAGGAAAUGUACAUUGAUAUAGGAGUUUAUGGGGUGCCUCAUGUGAAUAAUUUCCACCCAGUUAAGACAACACGCGCCAUUGAGGAUCUCGUUGAGAAGUGCGAUGGCUUCCAGAUGCUCUAUGCUGAUACAUUUAGAACCAAGGAAGAAUUCUACCGAAUGUUUGAUCACAAACUCUACAAUACAAUGCGCAAAAGGCUCACCUGUGAAUCUGCUUUCCCCGAAGUCUACGAUAAGGUCAACAAAACAGCUAGAGACUAAAAGACCAAAAUUCAUCCCAAGGAUUAUAACAUAGCAGAGCAUCUCAAAUGAUUCAAUGAAGAUACAAGAAAUUAUUGCUUAAUAAUUAGUAAACAAAUAUUCUUUUAAAAAAA